UCAAUAAUAAAUUUUAUGGUCCUUGUGGUGUUUGCAGUGUUGCGUCGUCAUGGCAACAAAGUUGUAAAACUGAAUAUAACUUUACACAGAAAAGGCUCUUCAGCUAAAGCCCUUGUAAGUCUAAGAGAAGGAAGUUUGUCUAAUACUCUAAAUGAGAAGAACAAUUUAACAAAAUCUCAGAACACCAGGGGAAGGAGCAGUUACGUUUCUAUGGAAACGCCGACAAGGAGCUCAAAGAGGAGUCGGCUGUCAUGUGAGGAUGAGGAGCGGCCGCUCUCCUCCAGAUCUCCCAGGAGGAGCCAGAGGGUCACCACUGUGCCUCAGAAACUCGGAAACAUCACAACACCAGAUAAAAAGGCUUCACAGAAAAUUGGACUGAGACUAAGAAAUCUGCUCAAACUGCCCAAGGCACACAAAUGGUGCAUCUAUGAAUGGUUCUAUUCAAAUAUUGACAGGCCUUUAUUUGAAGGAGACAAUGACUUCUGCCUGUGUCUGAAGGAGUCUUUUCCUAAUCUAAAGACAAGGAAGUUGACCAGAGUGGAAUGGGGAACAAUCAGAAGACUUAUGGGCAAACCUCGCAGAUGCUCCUCAGCUUUCUUUGCUGAAGAGCGAAUGGCUCUGAAACAGAAGAGGCAGAAGAUGCGUCUCCUGCAGCAGAGGAAAAUCACAGAUAUGUCUCUAUGCAAAGACCUGCCAGAUGAGAUUCCUUUGCCCUUGGUCAUUGGGACUAAAGUUACAGCUCGUCUUAGGGGUGUCCAUGAUGGCCUGUUUACUGGACAGAUUGAUGCAGUCGAUACCAGUGCGGCAACGUAUCGCGUCACAUUUGACAGAAAUGGGCUCGGCACACAUACAGUUCCUGACUAUGAAGUGCUUAGUAACGAACCUCACGAGACAAUGCCCAUAUCUGCUUUUGCUCAGAAACAGCGGCCACCUCGUUUCCAGAGCUUUCUGACCCCACCACGUGGGUCUUAUCCUGGCUCGACACAGUCCAUCUUAAUGGACAGUGAUCCUCUGUUUAGUCAGUCUCCUUGGAAAACCAAACUGACAGGAACUGAUGGAGAGACACUGGGUGGAUUUCCUGUCAAAUUUCUUGUUCAAGUGACACGCCUGUCCAAAAUCCUCAUGAUUAAAAAAGAACAUAUAAAACAUUUGAAAGAGAUGAACACAGAAGCUGAAAAAUUGAAGUCUUAUUCCAUGCCGAUCGGUCUGGACUUGCAGAAGAGAUAUGCCACAACAGUGCUAGAUCUGGAACAGCUUAAUAAAGACCUCAACAAAGUCCUGCAUGAAGUCCAGCAGUUUUGCUAUGAUCUGGCCCCAGAUCAGGGCAUGCAGCCUGCAGAUCAGCCCAGCGAGCUGCGAAGGCGCUGUGAAGAAGAGUCACAGGACGUUGUGCGGCAAACUAAUGCAAUGCAUGAUGGAGAACAGCGUGUCCAGAGCCCCGGCCUCACCCAGCUCGUCUCCCGUCUCACAGCUCUCCUGCUGCAGAUCAGGUGUUUGGCUGAAGGGGGUGACUUGAAUUCAUUUGAAUUCAAAUCGCUGACAGACUCUCUUAAUGACAUAAAGAGUUCGAUAGAUGACUCUAACCUCAGCUGUUUUCAGGAUAAUGUGGAGAUCCAUGUAGCACACAUACAGAGCGGGCUAAGCCAGCUGGGAAACCUCCAUGCUUUUUCUGCCAACAACACCAACAGAACGUGACUGAAAAAAAAAAUACACACCACCCCGGAGUCCAAUCUCAAAGCAGCUCACCUCUUCCUGCCCACUAUGUUUGUUUGUCUUGUUUGUUCUGUUUGACAUGUUAUGAGAGGUCAGAAUGUGUGUUCAAUAACUGUACUAGUUACAAUUCCAUGCCUAAAGGCACCAAAGUGUUUUGGGUGAAGAAGUUCAAUUAGCUUGCAUGCGUGCUACGGAAAAGUGAGGCAAAAAAAAGUUUGUUUUCUGAAGACAGUUGUUUGUCAUUUCAGUUGUUGCUCACUCAUCUUAAUAUAUUUAAGGUUCCCUCAUUUUUAUUGCUGGUUUCCAACUGGUGUGUAUGCCAAAUUACACUCCUCAUCGAUGCAGUUUCUAUUUGUUUGUUUAAAACAAUGUUUUGCAUUACAUUUUAUUCCUUCUCUCUGAACUUUGUGUUUAAAGGGAUAUUACCCCAAAAUGUAAUUUGCUCACCUUCAUGUUCCUAAAUCGUAUGACUUUUUCUUCUGUGGAACACCAGAUGUUAGGCAAAAUGUUAGUCACUAUUCACUUUCAUUUGCAUAUUUUUUUUUUCCCCCAUACAAUAGAAGUGAAUGACUAAAGUGAACAUGCUGCCUACAGAACAAAGAAAGUCAUAUAGGUUUUAGGGGGGGUGAACUAUCCCUUUAACUUUGAGUUUCCCAGGAGAGGAGUCACUGUUCCAUUUUAAACCUGCUCUGUCUGUUUUAAAUAUGUACAUUGAAGAUAAUUGUACAGUUCACUCAAAAUAUAUCAAGAAAUCAGUCAUAUAUAUAUAUAUAUAUAUAUAUAGGGUAAUGUGGACAUUUUUGGACUUGCAGAUUGUUAUUUUUGUAAAGCAGCCAAUCUGUUCUUACAAGUCCUAAAAUAGGCAGCUGUGCCCACUAAAACAGUUUGUCUUGUCCUUGGAUUAAAUUGCCCCACUGGUGUGUUUUUAAAUUCGUUAGCUUUGUUUUGUUUUUUACCUGUAGGUGUAUGCAUGAUACAAAACAUUUGUAAAUAAAUUGUUGAUUUCUAUUA